CCCCCCACCCCCGCCAAACCCCCAGUCCCGCCAGUCCUUCCUGACUUCCCUCCAUCUUUCUCUCCCUUCACAUCAUACUCCCUAUUCCUGGCUUUGUCUUUUCCCAGCUUCCAGGCUUUUUUCUAAGCACCCUCUUCAUUUAACCCAGAGCUGUUUUUUUCCAGAUCUUUCUCCCGGAGUGGCAGUACUCUGCCUCCUUGCUCUCUCCCAAAGCGCAGAAUUGUCAGACACACCACAGUGAGGGUACUGGGUAACCUGUCCCUCCAUUUUAUUUGAUUUUCUGAAUCUAUUUUUUUUCCCCUCUUUGCCUCCGACCCUUUUGUUUUGACUUGUUCCUUCUCUCCGUUCCGUUUCUUCCUUCUUCCUGUUUUUGUCCUCUUGAGGGCCUCCCUUUUGCUGGAAUCCUCCGAGAGGCAUUAGGUACUGGAUCCUUCUUCCCCUAAUGGCUGCCUGGGUUCCACCCACAACCUUUUGACCACUCCCCAGAGGAGGGUGACCUUGGAGGGAGGUGCUGAGGUCAAGAGAAUAUCAGCCUAGCAGGGGGUCAGCAAAGGCUGGCAAGAAGCUCAAAACAAGGAGUUGGGUUUCCCAUUUCCCUCGAUGAGAGUGGGCCAUCCCAACUCCCCCCUGCCACGCUAAGCCUUUGGAGUUACCUCAGAAGGCCAAUUAAUCUUCCUUACCUCUGGGUACACAGGGACCUGUCUCCUACAUGUGCACUUGGCAAAGUGGUCUUUGUGUGUGGUGACAUCCAUGAAAGUGUACAUGUCCUGGGAAGGUAGUGUGUGUGAUUGGGGGACAUGCAUCUGUUUUGCAAGAGGGGAGGGAAAUACUGUACAGGAGACUGUAUUUUUCUUAGGGUUUCCUCACUCGAAAGUACCUAUUGGGUGUCAUUCUCACAUAGAGCCCCGUGUCUCACAUAGAGCCCCGUGAAGUCAGUAUUGAUUUCCCCCCCCGUGCUCUCCUACAGAUAAGCAGGCUCUGGGGCCCACAGACACCCCAUGCAGCGUCUGAGCUGCACAUCCAUGCUCUGUGCCAGAGCAGCAUGGUUUUUAGAGCACCAUGGGGCCUGAGCGAGUGACAGCCCGAGAACUGUGCGAGAAUGAUGACUUGGCCACCAGCCUUGUUCUUGACCCCUACCUCGGCUUCCGCACCCAUAAGAUGAAUGUCAGUCCUGUGCCCACCUUGCGACGACAACACCACCUUCGCUCAGCACUGGAAGCUUUCCUACGGCAGCGGGACCUGGAGGCUGCAUUCCGGGCCCUGACACUAGGAGGCUGGAAGGCCCACUACUUCCAGAGCCGUGCCCCUCGACAGGAGGCUGCUCUCAAGACCCACAUUUUCUGCUACCUCCGCGCCUUCCUGCCCGAGAGUGGCUUCACCAUUCUGCCCUGCACCCGCUACUCCAUGGAGACCAAUGGGGCCAAGAUUGUGUCUACCCGUGCUUGGAAGAAGAAUGAGAAGCUGGAGCUGCUGGUGGGCUGCAUUGCAGAGCUGCGUGAAGAGGAUGAGUACCUUCUCAGGGCCGGGGAGAACGACUUCAGCAUCAUGUACUCCACCCGGAAAAGGAGUGCCCAGCUGUGGCUUGGCCCAGCUGCCUUCAUCAACCAUGACUGCAAACCCAACUGCAAGUUUGUGCCCUCAGAUGGGAAUACUGCCUGUGUGAAGGUGCUACGCGACAUGGAGCCAGGGGAUGAAGUGACUUGCUUCUAUGGCGAGGGCUUCUUCGGGGAGAAGAAUGAGCACUGCGAAUGCUAUACCUGUGAGAGGAAAGGCGAGGGAGCUUUCCGACUUCAGCCCAGGGAGCCUGAGCUGCGGCCCAAGCCCUUGGACAAGUACGAGCUCCGAGAGACGAGGCGGCGGCGUCUGCAGCAGGGCUUGGUCAGCAGCCCGCAGAGGCUGAGGAGCCUGUGGGCCUGCUCCCACCUGCCCCCACUGCGCCCCGACCCGUUCUGCGCUGCCUGCCAGCCCUCAUGCCUGCUGCCUGCCAGCCCCCACGUGGACUACUUGCCCCUCUGGCUCCAGUGGGUGCCUCAGCCCCAGCUCAAAGUACAUCCCAGGAAGCGGCGCCGCCGCCGCCGCCGCCGCCGUCGACCCAGGAUCCGCCAGGCUUCAUUACCCCCUGUCCUCCGCACUGCCUGCGUCCCCCUGCACCGAUGGGGAGGCUGUGGUCCCCACUGCCAGCUACGGGCUGAGGCCAUGGUGACCCUACAACUGCUCCCCAAGACUCGCUGGAUCCCACAACAGGACUGGUACUGGGCCCGGCGCUAUGGGCUACCUUCUGUGGUGCGUGUGGAACUUAGCCGCCUAGCCCUGCCAGCCCUGGCGGCUGCCCCUGCCCCUGCCCCUGCUGGGAACCCAGUCCCCGCUCCUGACUUCAUCCCUAAGCAGGCCCUUGCCUUUACCCCUUUCUGCCCGCCUAAGCGCCUCCGGCUAGUGGUCAGUCAUGGCUCUAUUGAUCUGGACAUCAAUAGCGGUGAGCCAUGACGCGCUGCUUGCAGGGAUGGAGUGCAGUCUCUCUCUUGGAGCCCUCCAGAAGGGAAGGAGGGAGCUGACCCAGGUCUGAUCUUGGGAGUGUGUUGUUUAGGACAUCCCUAGAGAGCUGAUCCUUGUUCUAUGAUUGCUGACCCCUGAGCCAGCUCCGACCCAGCAGGGAGCCCUGGCCAUUUGAUGUCCCAUCCCUGCCCCCACCUCAGGACUGUAGGAAUCCUCCUCCUCCUCCCUCAGCCUCUUCCUCCCAGGGAGCAAAGCCAUAAGGGUGUGGGGGGCCACUCCAUGGCAACUCUCCAGAAGGCCAGGCCUCAGGGGGUGGAAUUAACUUGGGGGUUUGCCUUCCCCUGAGCUGCUCCCACAGUGGGGAGUGAGUUGGCUCUCAGCUCUACAGUUGAUGGAGGUAGGGGUGGUCAGAUGAGGUGGGUGGUACCCAGGGGCACACCCUUGGCUCUGCCCCGUGGGUCUCAGGGAGGCCAGGUGUGACCUCAUCUUUUUCACGGUGCUAUCCCUGGUGCUACUGGGGUGUAGGGGAGGCUUCCUGUCCUCCCCACACCGGAAUGGGGGAUGGUGGGGGUUGGAAGAACUUGAACUUUUUAUUAAAAUAUUGUUAAGUCCUUA